CUCUUCCUCCUCUUGCAGAACAUGAGUGAUUUUCACCUGGACCUUGGUCCCCUCAAAGAGCCUCUAGGUUUCAUCAAACUUCUUGAGUGGCUCUUUGCGGUGUUUGCGUUCGCUUCUUGUGGAGGGUACAAGGGAGUGACCACACUUCUGGUCUCCUGUCACGGCGUGGUGAAUAAAACAAUAACCGCCUCUUUCAGUUAUCCUUUCAGGAUUAUGAGAGAUUACAUUUUCACGCUCUGCGCUGCCUUCCUGUGGCUGGUCAGCACGGCUGCCUGGGCCAAAGCUCUCGUGGAUAUCAAAAUAUCGACCGGUUACCGCAUUGUGGAAGAAAUACCGGUGUGCAAAAUGGUGGACUCCUCCUGCACAUUUGCUUCCGUUACCAGCAUGGGAAGUUUGAAUGUGUCUGUGGUGUUUGGCUUGGUGAAUAUGAUUCUGUGGGGUGGAAAUGCUUGGUUUGUAUACAAGGAGACUAGUCUGCACAAAUCUAACAGUAAUUCUCCAAAGCCAGGAUUCUACCCACCAACAUCAGGAAUCUGA